AUAUUCGAUUAGCUUUGAGUUGGUCAUGGAUGUUUGGGAUCGCCGUCUGCAUCAAGUGGGUCUAUUAAUUGGUUUUACUCCAUUUAAUGUGGAUAAAAGCCGCAACUUAAUACUGAGGGUGAACUGGAUGUCGAUUCAAGCCUUCUAUUUUGUCCUGGUGACUGUUUUAACUCAGUUGAUCCUAAUCUUCUAUUGUGGGUCAGUGGCCUCGCUAAUUUCAAGGAAAGGAAUAGCGUUUGCUUUGCGGAGUACAGGAUGGAUUGGAGGAUUGGCCACAACUAAUGCCAUGCAGUGGAUCAUAAUUGCACGACAUGAUAAAAUAGUGGACCAUUUGAACGCAACAUACUUGCUAUUGGGACGCAAGAGUUCAGCCAAUUUGAAGUGGCAAAAUGACAAGAAAAUGAGCUUUAUUUUUGGACUGAUAUUUUUGGGGAUCUUGCCCAUUAUCGCUGUGUCGGGACAUAUUUGCUUUCUGCCCGGUGACGUGUAUUUGCAUAACUUACUUCAAGUCUACAGACCUGACUACGAGCCAUUUUGGAACAUCAUCUCUAAAGUGAUCCAUUGUUAUUCGGGCGUCAUUUAUCUCUUGGGCACUUUCCUCAUUGAUUUUCUCCUCAUCCAUUUUUCUAUGGGUUAUAGCCGACACUUCGAAGAAAUCAACCAACACAUAAUGUUGUUAAAGGCCGAGGCGCCAACACUUCUGGCUAGAAAAGGUGUAACGAACAUUGCCUUUGAGGUCGAUCAAAAGCCCAAAAAAGCCGGUCUUGAGGUGUGCACAAAAUCUACGAAUUCAUGGUCCUUGAGGACGUAUUUACGGGAUCAUCUGAGAUUGCAAAAUAGUCUUGAAACGUUCAAUAAAACCUUUGAUGGCAUUAUUUUGGCCUUUCCUAUUCAAAUCUUCGUCAUGGUUCUGGCCCUUUUAUUCAGCGUGGUUCGAGGUGAGUUGUGCAGUGUGUUGGAAACUGGAAUUUACGUCUGCGUUGGAGCUCAAUACCUUUUCCGAUCCUACGUAGGAUUGCGCACAUUUGGAAAGGUGCAUGAAUCUGGCACAACGACCAAAUCCAUUUUACUUCGAGACUUGCAGAUCCAAUAUGAACAACAUCAUCUUGAAUCGGAAAUGAUUUUUGAGGUCGAGUCCUUCUUGCGCACAGUGGACGAUGUAGCAUUUAAAGCUGGAUCUUAUCUAGCUUUCUCCCCGCACUUCCUCAUUUCCUUCUAUGGGGCAUUGGUGUCUUAUACGGCUAUUCUGAUCCAAUCAUUUUGAAGUCCAUUUCAUAUGCAUUCUUUCCCUUUCACUUAACUUUUCAAGCUGAGCUAUAACAGUUUGAAUCAUGUCAAUCAAAUGUUAUUAGGUUAUCAUUAGUUUCAUGGACGCAUUUUAUAUACGAAAUGGAGCCCCUCAAAAUCAGGCUGGAAAGGUCAGUGAUGUUGGACACAAGUUUUAGUUCACAAUCAACGGCUUGCUAACCCCUUAUUGUAACAUCUCCUCGGAAUACUUUGCACCCUGGUUCAGCUCUAAGCCAAAAAUCACCAACAACGGGACCUGUUUUAUCACAUCUUGUUUGCAUCUACGUUGUCUAAAUAUCCUUUCUUAGUUUCUUCGAUUUGCUUUUGAACAUGAUCCAGUCAUUGCCUCUGUUAUAUCAGAGACAUCAUUUUAGUCUCGUGUUUUACCGUGUUGAUCAUUCAUUUUUGACCCUGUAUUGUAUAUAUUGUUUGUCGUUUUGACCAAUCAAACAUUAUCGAGAUGAUAAAAGGAGUACUCGUACAUAACAGGGAAGACAGCAAAACCAAUUGCAUCAUAUUUAUCUUUAUUGAC